GCUGGAGCAGGCGAACAGUGAUACUGACAAAUCCUACCGAGCACAUUCUCAGGGAACAAAAUGUUUUAAAGCAAAGGAAAAGGACUAACAAUUAUGGCAGUUCCUGUACCUCACGACCUUAAUGUCAACAAAAAAUAUCUCUGACCAAUUGUGACAGAGGGGAAAGAAGUUUUCUAUUUUCAUCUCAGCUAGAUCUGUUUCGUGUAAGAGGAAUAUGUUUGGAGAGCACAAUGACAGUGAAUAUCUCACAGGCCACUAAAGCAACCCGCCAACUAAAGUAGAGAGGACCGCUCAAUAUAAGAUGCAGAGAUGAGUGCAGCUGACUGCCCCAGUUCCCCCUGUGAAAGAGGGGUCACUAUGGCAAUACUCUUCUGCUCCUGUUUUGCCCUUGCUGGUGCACAGCUGCCCCCGCCAGUCUCUCUGCCUGCGCAGAUCAGCGUGCCCCCUCCGUGGAGCGCCCUCUCCCUCUCGCAGGCUGAUCUGGGGGUGAUCUUCUCCAACUCCAGCCCCUUCUCUUACAGCCAGCCCCUACUCCUCAUGCCUCCUCCGGGGACCAGCUCUAAGGCAGGAGUCCGGGCUUCCUUUGGGCCUUACUCUGUCACACAGCUGGUCUCCACACCUGUCCUUCCACUUUCCCCUCCUCUCUCAGCAUCUCUUCUCACAAAAACUGUCAUGAGGGCCAAAGAAGGGGAGAAAGGAAAGAGGUCUGAAGUGAGAGUGCUAUUUCACAUGAGGGGAGAUGUUAGCAAGGGAACCUGCAUUACUCUCCAUGCGUUCAAAGAGACAGAGGAACAAAAAGCAACCUGUAUAACCCAGUCCCCACUUGGCCUCUGCGUAGUUUCCCUCACCUUACCCGAGGACUGGUUUGAGCUGGAUCAGUCACCACAUACCAACCCGGGCCAGAAUCCCAGAGCGAGAUCCCUGCACAGGCACCGACAACGAAACCGUGCGCGACGGCGCCAAAACGUGCCCAGCGCACUCCGGGACAACUCUACCCCUGCCUCGGAUCGCAUCCAACUCUAUUAUUCCUCGUCCGGCGCUGUCUCCGACUUCAAGACGCCUCCCCUGGGAUGCGCCGAGGACGAUACCGAGCCGCUGCAGCAGAGGCUCUACUAUGUGGGGGCUGUGGCUGUUCCCCAUAGGGAGAACAAUCGGGAUACGGCCAAAGGGACAGUGGUGUGUUCGGACGGGCAGGGCGAGGAGGAGCUGAGGCUGGAUUACAAUGUUGUCGUUCGCUUUUGUCGAGGUCCAGUUCGCACCGGUCAGCCAGCUAGGAUCUUUGUCAACUUGAGGUCAAAUUUCACGGGAGACUCCGUAACUAUUAGGCUGAAGGUGAAGAAAGGAUUGGUGUCCGUGAUUGAACAGCCAUCCAUGAACUCUGACCUCUGGAGUGUGGUUUUAGAGAGAACCACAGGCUCCAAGCAUGAUACCGUCUCAAUAAUUUGUCACAAAGUGGGAACUCAGUCUGCUUAUCUAAGUCAAACCGACCUGCUGGAGGUUGCUUGUCUCUUGGUUGAUGGCUUGAAGAGGAGCUUUGGCGUGGCCAUGACCGUGACCACUGUUUGGUGGACGGAGUACUCAAGUCGUAAUACCAAUGUAUCCCCACAUGGGGCAGUGACGAGUUUCCUGUCUUUCACUGACAGAGAUAUUGUGGGCAUUGCUCCCAUCACAGAGAGCAGUACAAUCAUAAAUACAGCAAUUUUAACCAGCCAGCCAGUGACCCUUCCUGUAAUUGUGUUGGCUGUUGGGGAUGAUGGAAAGGUAUCUGAUGUUACUUCUGCAGUAAGGUGUCAAUCUGCUAACGAGGACAUCGUCAAGGUAUCAAGCGACUGCUCCACCCUCUUUGUUGAUGGGAGUGAAUCAGGAGUGGGCAGCACGUGUGUAGAGGUGGAGUUCUUCCUGGGUAGGCUCAGAGGCUCAGUCUGUCUGUCAGUUUGGGCCCCUGUGGUCCCCCUACGUAUCUCUCUCUCAGACUAUGUCCUCAGUGCCAUCGAUGGCUGGAGCUUCUUCAACCAGGGCAGAUGUACUCCAGUUUUUCAGAGAUCCACUGUACAGGUCCUGACACAGUUUAGUGCUCAUUCCUCUACCAAGAAGGGUCAGCCAACCUACAUUCUAGGAUCACCUGACUGGUUUGUGGAUGUGACAGAGCUUGUUCGGGACUGGCUGCGUGUGGGAAAUCCACGGGUUGCAACACUCAACAAGCAGGGAUAUCUGGUUGGCUUGGAGCCUGGAAUAACUACACUAUAUGUGAUUUCAAGCCAGUGGGAUGGUGUGCUUGGCAGUGCUGAAGUGGUGGUCUCAUCUGAAACAGUGACCCCAGGUGAUCUUUCAGUGCAGCUGGUUGGUGGACUGGGCUUGGUCAUCAAUAGUAACCCUGCUCACCAGUCUGUUGUUACCGCUGCUGUAACAGCACACAAUAUUCUCUACAACUAUGGACAGGAGGCGUCUGCUAGUGUUUGGCUCCAGUUUAAUGAUGACACUGCCAUACUGGUUUCAGCAUUCACCAGUGUUCCGCACUCCUUACGUCUCUCCUCGUUGGCCGAAUCUGUGGUUGCUGUGACACCGGAGCCUGUGCAGCGCAUCUUGGCCCAAGGCGAGGGGGGUGGGCCUCUGGUCAAAGCAGAACUCCUCGUUUCCACCUGUGAGCCAGUGUCUAACGAUAUUGAAGCCAAUGUGGUGAGAGAUGGGGGAGGAACCAGAAGACUGGCCAAAGGUUCUGGUUGGAUAAGAGUGAACCUGGACUCAGAAGUUUGGCCAAUAGGGGGCGACUCCAACCCUGACAUGUUUGAUGUGUCUGACAUGCUGUUGGAAUCUGAAAAGGACUUUUACAGUAACUUUGGUGACAAAGUUAUCAUAGGGAACAUUACCAGUGAUUAUACUGCCAACACUGGUGAUGGUCUAAUAACCAGGAAUGAUUUAGAACGGGCAGUUUUGACCCCCAAUCAUCAAGAGAGUGCCGUUUAUUUCUCCCCUGGAAUGGGAAGAGAGAGAGAGCAGCCUGUGGGAGAUAGGGAUCUAGAAGUGGGGUUAGGAGCAGUGCUCUCUCUCAUCUGUCUUUUUGCUCUUCUCUUCCUGGCCAACUGUCUGCCCUGCGCUCUUCGAGAGAGGAAGAAGAGGAAGCAGAGGGAAAAAGAGGGUCAAGUACCACAGGGAGUACAGGGAGGGAUAGAGGUGGGACAGGAUGAAGGUGAAGAAAAAGAAGAGUCUAAACUAGAUGAGCAGGUAGCAAGACUGAAAACAAAAGUGAAGUUUUGUAAGGGAGAUAAAAUACAUACAAUACACACAGACAUAAAGUCGAGAGAUUGAAUGAAUAAAUUAAUUGUAGAUUAACAGAUUAAUAAUGUAGAACAAAUCAAGAUUAAACCUGUAGCCUAUAUAUCUAGCACACAAGCAAAACAGCCAAACACCAAUGUACAUUGUAUGGCCAAUACAGGCAACCAAUGUCACAUGCCUCAGCAUAUUGCAGGUGAGAGGAAGUAGAUGUUUCUCGUUUGUCUGGCAUCAUGUUCUCCCACUGAGUAAGCCUGAAGGAAAAACAGGCUGCCAGGUUACCUGAUUAGGUGCAUUUUAUUAUUCAUGUACAGAAAACCUGGCUUGUUAGGCUACUGCAGAAUGUUUUCAGUGGUUGGGCGGCUUGGAAGGCCCUGGGGAUCAAUGAAGUAUCUAUCUAUCUAUCUAUCUAUCUAUCUAUCUAUCUAUUUAAGUGGUGAUGCUCGAGGAAAAGUAGGCCUAGGCUACGUUAUGUCUCUGGACAUGAAUGUGCCAUUUCAUUUCACUAACUGUUUGACUGGCCAUAGACGACUGGCCUAUAUGUCUAUAAUGAGCGGUAAAUUAAUUGGCUAACACACCACUAAUAAUUCAGAGGUCAGCAAACGUUUAUACAUUGUUUUUGAGUUGUUUCCAAUUACUGCAUUCAUAAAAGUUUGUAAGACUUAUCUAUCUAUCUAUCUAUCUAUCUAUUUAAGUGGUGAUGCUCGAGGAAAAGUAGGCCUAGGCUACGUUAUGUCUCUGGACAUGAAUGUGCCAUUUCAUUUCACUAACUGUUUGACUGGCCAUAGACGACUGGCCUAUAUGUCUAUAAUGAGCGGUAAAUUAAUUGGCUAACACACCACUAAUAAUUCAGAGGUCAGCAAACGUUUAUACAUUGUUUUUGAGUUGUUUCCAAUUACUGCAUUCAUAAAAGUUUGUAAGACUUAUCUAUCUAUCUAUCUAUCUAUCUAUCGAUCUAUCUAUUUAAGUGGUGAUGCUCGAGGAAAAGUAUGCCUAGGCUACGUUAUGUCUCUGGACAUGAAUGUGCCAUUUCAUUUCACUAACUGUUUGACUGGCCAUAGACGACUGGCCUAUAUGUCUAUAAUGAGCGGUAAAUUAAUUGGCUAACACACCACUAAUAAUUCAGAGGUCAGCAAACGUUUAUACAUUGUUUUUGAGUUAUUUCCAAUUACUGCAUUCAUAAAAGUUUGUAAGACUUUGAUCAUGUUAAUGUAACGUUAAAGUUAUGUUAUCCGACUACCAAACCUGUUCAAACAGUAGCCUCAUGAUUUUACUUUGCAAAGAUGUGGAAGCGUGGUGACUGAACUCUGUUAUUGAGGUAUAUUGUCUGCAUUUUAUUUUGGAAAUAAAUAUGUAUUCUUUUCUGUUA